AUGUUUCGAUCACGGUUGCUGCCGCGUGCAGCGAAAAGCAUCGGCCUCGGCCCGCGAAUCAACCCCAAUGCCACAAGGAGCCUCCAUCAGGUCCCUACGCUGCCUCACGACUACUCCCAGGGCGUUCCCAACCUCAUGAGCCCUGGAGGCUUCGCAAUCGCCUGGUCAGACUACAUGUCACUGACGGUAGAGAAGCUCAAUGCCCUGACUGCCGGCACCGAGCUCGAAGACAAGGACACCAAAACCAUAAGUCUCCUGACGGCCCGCGAGCCCAGCCAAGCCCCCAUCUUCAACUACGCCUCCAUGGCCCACAACAACCACUUCUUCUUCCAGGGCAUCUCGCCCGCCGGCACCCCCAUGCCCGAGACUCUGCGCGCCGAGCUCGAGGCCUGCUUCUCGUCCAUCGAGACCCUCCGCCGCGAAUUCAUCAUCACCGCCUCCGCCAUGUUCGGCCCCGGCUUCGUCUGGCUCGUCAAAGCCGGCCCCAGCGACUUCCGCGUCCUGCCCACCUACCUCGCUGGCUCGCCGUACCCAGGAGCCCACUGGCGCGCCCAGCCUACGGACAUGAACACCGUGGGCAACGACGGCUCCGCCAAGUCCUACUUCAAGAACCAAGUCUACGGCAAUAGGAAGCGAUCCGGCGACCUGCCCCCCGGUGGCAUCGAGCUGGAGCCACUGCUGUGCUUGAACACGUGGGAACACGCGUGGCUGCUGGACUGGGGUGUGGGCGCUGGCGGCAACGGCGGCAAGAUUGCCUAUGCUGAGGCGUGGUGGAAUCUGAUUGACUGGGAAAGGGUCGCUCACAGGGCUGGUUCCAUUCGGCCAGAGUUCAAAACGGCGGCGCAGUAG